AUGUCGGCAAAGAAUCCGGACGAAGACGAAUGGAUAACACCACAUAAAAAUCGUAAUAAGUCUGUAUGUGUUAAUGAUAUAAUGAUAAGAACAGAUUUGUUCGUUUUAGGAAACUCAUCAUAUUCCGGGUACGCGCGUCAAAAUACGCAAGAUUAUUCAAACCAAAAUCUGCCAUCGUACCAGCAGAAUGCUAACAACGACAACAAUCGACCACAUCAUAAUCGGCAAUGGAAUACUUAUUACAAUAGCCAACAGUCAAACUCAUAUUAUAACAAAAAGCAACAUUCGCCUUAUAAUAACAAUCGUCGUCCAGGCUCAACGUCUUCAUUCAGUUCGGACAGUGUGUUUAGCCGUGGAUGUACGCCAAUCAAUCAUUCAAACAAUGUAGCAAGAACAAAUGAGCGUACUGCAAUUUCAGCUAUAGCUGAUCGUUUGUCCACUCAGCGUUUUAUGUCGGAUUCAAAAACACCUACCAACUGUUUUUUAUUAUUUGAGGGUGCAUCGAAAGGAGAACAAGAUAAAAUAUGCUUUCUCGAUUAUCAAGGCACACGAGCACGUAAUCACCAUAAAAAAAAAUUAUUUAUGCCACAAAUUGAUCAACCAAAUGACCAAUCACCGCAAGCCUAUGAAGAAUUCUCAAGAUCGAUUCAUCAAAUUAUUGAUACCAUAUCACCCGAAGAUCUGACGAAUUAUAAUGUCAGUGUGAGACCAGGUGUCGUCUAUUUUUUUUCUGAAUUAUUUCGAUUUGAAAAAACAUUUUCAAUAAAUGACCUUCAUCAUUUAUUACUUAAAAAGAUCAAAACAACAGAUCCCACAUAUUACAAGCCAAAUCGCCUUGAUGUGAGGCAACAACAGUUACGAGAUCAUGUGCCAUCUCGGCAGACAGGAAUUCAGUCAAUGUCGACAACUAAUGAAUGUCAAAAUUCGAAUCAGCAAGAAAAUGAUGGAACAAAAAGUCAAGAAAAUGAAACAUCGACACCGUUAUCACGACCAUCAUAUUUAUCUCCGUCAUCCGAAGAUUUUGGACUCCUUCGCUCGUCAUUUGCUAAUGUCAAACCAAUUAGUGAUACAAAACACUUUGUACAGCUAUUAAAAGAAAACGAAUUUGAGUUUUCAACUGUAAAACAUACAUUCCGAUUAUAUUUACAAUCGUCUGAUAAAGUUAGUCAUGUAGCCGUCGUGGAUCCUCAAAUGAAGUACUCUAUUACAGAAUUGUCACGUGAUUUUCAACGUUUAUCGAAUAUAGAUUAUAUUCGUGCUCGAAACGCGUCAAAAUAUAAAACAAAUUACACGUAUGACGACAUCUUCGAUUUUCGUAUUCAAUUUCAACAUAAUGCAAAAACAGGCUUGUCAGAGACAAUAAUGAAAGAUUUGAAUCAGCAUUUUCCAAAUAAUCAUUUUUCAACGGAAUUUGUUUUGAAACCAGUUGAUGAAAAAGAUCCACAGGACUACUACAUACCAGAAUCAUUAUGUCCUUAUAUAAACUUUAUUCGACGUGAUUUUGGCGACGUCUAUGAAUAUCGUGGUACUGAUCCACUGUAUAAAAAUUUUCAAAUUUGUGUUCAAUCAUCGACUGAAUAUAAAAUUGAUCGUCAAGAGAAUAUAUGUGCGCCAGAAUUAGAUACUCACGGAAUUGUAUAUGCCUUGUUAGAUCUGAAACCAAUGGUUCGAUCAAUUCUAUCAUCAGCGUCAUUGCAGUCAAAUGCAGCAGUGCUGAACACAACAUCAACAUCGUCCAUUAAAUCACUUGCUUCGUCUAUAUCUAGUCCAUUGAAUCUUGACCACGUAGUUAGUAAAUUAUGGCGAAUGGGCAAUUGGUUAACGAAACUAGCCGGUGAUUGUACAUCACCGGAUGUUCAAAAAUGUACAAAUUAUUAUACAAAAGAUGGUGUAUCUUAUACAGCUGAAGAUGAAGCGAUGAUUCAGACCAUUAAUACAGAAUCAUCAAUUUACACUAUGUUAAAUUUGAAUAAUAGUGCAACGUUUGAAAAUGUACAAAAUGCCUAUCAAGAAAGAUGCAAUCAAUUAGAUUCAAAAUGGAAUAUACUGUAUAAUGGUCUAAAAGCAAAACAAAAAUUAGAUGGAUACUAUCGUUCGUAUAUCCAUAAUCAAGAACGAGAGCAACGUCAGAAUUAUAAUUCAAAUAAUAGAAACAAUCAUUAUAAAGGAAAUGAUUAUGGGUAUAGGCGUCAACCAAAGAAGCAAGAACCGGGCAUAUAUAAUAUUGAAAAUCCUGAAGAUUUUAGCGGAAGAAAUUCAGAUUUACAUACGGAUCCAUGA